GAUUCAUUCCACCGCUCUUCCUCCUUCCUCCUUCUUUAUCUUACUUUUCUUUUCCCACCACUUCAUCAUCAUCUCUUCUGUCAAGAUAAGAUAGAUAGAUAGAGAUCUAGCAUAACAACAACUACGACAACCACAAUACCUCUUGAACAUUCCGUCAUCAUGGCUCGCAUCGACGACGCUGACCUGGCUGUUGAUCCCUCCGCUCCUGCGCCAGUGGCGGGCUCUCUGUCCCCCAGAGACACUCGUCCCAGUGUCUCCGCUCCGCGCGGUUCCAUCGCCAUUCCCGGAGACCCCAAUGCUCCCGGCAACACGAUCGAGGUGCCUGCUACCAGAAGCUCGAUCAGUGAUGCUGCGCAGUACAUGCACAACCUGAGCUUGUCUCCCUCGAUGCGAGACCGCCGUGGAUCUCGCAACUCCUUUGGCACGUCUCUGCCCAUUCCCCGCUCUCCUCGUCCGUCCCGACUGUCUUCCGUGGUCAACCGCGAGGAUGGCGCGCGCGCGGGUGCUCCUCCGCUGCUCAAGUCCCGGGAGAUCAUGGCCUCCCAGAUCCAGGACAUGCACAAGGACAAGGUCAAGGCCGUCAAGAACAUGGCCUUCGCCUUCGACAUCGACGGUGUCCUGGUUCACGGAAACAACCUGAUCCCCCAGGGUGCUGAGGCGCUCAAGAUGCUCAACGGGGACAACAUGCUUGGCAUCAGAAUCCCCUACAUCCUCCUGACCAACGGUAGCGGUAAGACCGAGGAGGCACGCACGAAGCAGCUCUCUGAGAUCCUGGGUGUUCCCGUCGAGCUCGACCAGUUCAUCCAGUCCCACACGCCGAUGCAGGCAUUGGCUGAGUACUACGAGACCGUUCUCGUCGUCGGUGGUGAUGGAUACAAGAUCCGCGAGGUUGCAGAGAACUACGGCUUCAAGAACGUCUUCCUUCCCAAGGAUAUCCAGGCCUGGGACCCUACCGUCUCUCCCUGGAGCACUCUCACUCCCGAGGAGAAGAAGGAGGCUCGCAUUGUCGACUUCUCGCAGAUCAAGUUCGACGCCAUCUUGGUCUUCGCUGACCCUCGUGACUACCAGACCGACACCCAGGUCAUCAUGGACCUCCUGAUCGCGGAGGACGGCAGGAUUGGCACCAAGGCCGAGGACCCUGUUGCCAGCCGCAUUCCCAUCUACUUCUCCCAGGGUGACUUGCUCAUGCCGACUGAACACAAGGGAACUCCUCGUCUGACCAUGGGUGCCUUCCGUAUCGGUCUCGAGGCCCAGUACAAGGCUCUCACCGGUGUCGAUCUCGAGCGUGUCGUCUACGGUAAGCCUGAACUGGCCACCUACAAGUACGCGGACGAGGUCAUGGCCUCGUGGGUGGAGCAGCUCCACGGAGAGAAGAAAUUGCCCGAGCACAUCUACAUGGUUGGUGACAACCCGGCUUCCGACAUCAUCGGUGGAAACAUGUACGGCUGGAACACCUGCUUGGUCCGUACCGGUGUCUUCCAGAGCAAGGAGGGCGAGAACGACCCCAACAACCCUGCCAGCUUCGGAGUCUUCCCCAAUGUUCUCGAAGCCGUCAAGGCCGCCGUCCGCAAGGAGCUUGGCGACGACUUCGAGUUCCGGUGGAACCCCAAGAUCAACCCCGUCCUCCACGGUGAGGGUGUCUCUGCUGUGGAGUAAACGGUCUCCUCCCAGCCGGACUUACCCUUGCAUUUGCCAGGCGUUCUCAAAUUUUUUUUGUCUCCUAAAAUAAACGGGUGUUAUGUGUUGACGACCGUUGCUUGAUGCCAAAUUGUUUCCCAGGUUCUACUUCAGACCUACCGAUACCUUUUGUUUUGCAUGUCAUUAUUAGAAUACGCCUAGAGCGGGGAUAGCGCGUGGAACUGGAUUUCCCAUUGCUUUUUUUUCCCCUGCAGCACCGGGUCGAUGUGACGGGCCUGUCAUACGAUUAGAUUUCUAUCCUUCUUGACGAAUUGAUUCUACGGGUUCUCAUCUCCAU